ACCCCACCUUUUAUAUCCAUCAUAUUACAUUUCAUCAAACACGUCAUUUCUUUUGACUUCCAUCUCUCUAUCUCUGUACUUCGAUAUCCGUUGGUUUUUGUUGGUCUGAGAAUUUGGUGUAAAGCUCUGCAGGGAAGGAGAUGGGCAGGAAGUGCUCACAUUGUGGGAACAUAGGCCACAAUUCCAGGACCUGCACCACUUUCAGAGGCACUACCGGCGGCGGAGGACUUAGGCUCUUUGGUGUUCAGCUGCAACUCGACAUAUCUUCUUCUUCGUCAUCGUCUGUUGCUGCUGCUGCUGCUAAUUAUAUGACGAAGAGUUUCAGCAUGGAUUGUUUGUCUUCUUCCUCGGCCUCGCCUUCUCCUUUGUCUUCCUCUCGAGUUUCUGUCGACGAAAAUUCUGAUAAAAUCUCCGCCGGUUAUCUUUCCGAUGGCCUCAUGGUCCGAUCUCCCGAGAGAAAAAAGGGAGUUCCAUGGACGGAGGAGGAGCACAGGAUAUUUCUAGUAGGGCUCGAGAAGCUAGGGAAAGGAGACUGGAGAGGCAUCUCUAGAAACUUUGUUACCACAAGAACUCCAACACAAGUUGCAAGUCAUGCUCAAAAGUAUUUUCUCCGACAGGCGACUCUCAACAAGAAGAACCGACGUUCUAGCCUGUUCGACAUGUUUAGAAGCAGUAACAUGGCUGGACCUCCACCUAGUCUCACGGUUCCUCGAUACGAUUCACAUGUGUCCGAUGAUGAUUCACAGACGACGGCGCCUGACCUCGAGCUCACGCUCGCCGCCCCGAGGCCGGAUUUAGAAGAAAACAAGUCAUCCUCGACAACCCUCCUGAUCAGACCUAUCAGUGUUACUUGACAAAGAUGAAAGGAACACAAUACUGUAGUAAUUAGCAGUAUUUAAUUAAUUAAUCAAAAUUAGUAGAAUAUUGCUUUCAUUCAUAGUCCAUAAACUCAGCAUAAUUACAAUAUCUUAAGGGCUUAAAGUCAGAAAUAGCAGCGAG